AUGUCUCGAAUGUGGGAGGUUGAUCCAGAGACGAAGGCCAAGCUUCUUCAAAUAUCCAAGACGAAUGGAAACGACAAAUGUUGCGACUGCGGUGCCCCAUCGCCCCAAUGGGCCUCACCUAAAUUCGGAACCUUCAUCUGCCUCAACUGCGCCGGCACGCAUCGCGGACUAGGCGUUCACAUCUCCUUCGUCCGCUCCAUCACCAUGGACGCCUUCAAGACCUCCGAGAUCCUACGCAUGGAGAAUGGAGGCAACGAGCCCUGGAAGACAUUCUACGACAACCACCCGAUCACCCAGUCCGAAGGCCGGACCUUCGAAGACUCAACCAUCAAGGAACGGUACGAAGGCGAGGUCGGCGAAGAAUGGAAGGAGAGACUCUCCGCCACCGUCGAGGGCCGCGAAUACGUCCCCGGCCAACCGAAGCCCAAAAAGCCAGCCGCGGAGCCAUCCACAUCGCGAUCGAGCACGCCAUUGGCGAACACGAACACGGGAGGCCGCGGCGGCGGCUCCCCCGCCUCCCAUGAGGGUCUCGAUGCUGCCGGCGGGAGCAGGAAGGAUCGCAACGAGGCAUACUUUGCCAAGCUGGGGUCCGAGAAUGCCACGCGCUCGGCGUCCCUGCCGCCCUCGCAGGGCGGGAAAUUCACGGGCUUCGGCGGCGGCAUGCCGCCCACGGCGGGAUCCAAGAACUCUCCCACGCGCGGGUCCGUGCCGGGCCUAGACGAGUUCCAGAAGGAUCCUGUCGGCGCGCUGACGAAGGGGUUCGGCUGGUUCACGACGGCUGUCGGGAAGAGCGCGAAGACGGUGAACGAUAUGUAUAUCCAGCCUACGGCGAAGACGGUACCCCUUCCCCUCUCCCUCUUUUUUUUCCCAACUUUCUCGCUAGCGGAGCAACUGUCCCGUUUAGCCGAAUCCGACUUCGCGGCCCAGGCGCGUCUCCAGGCUGCGCAGCUGGGCCAGAAUAUCCAGCUUGGCGCCCGUGGCGCCGCGGACCAUCUGACUCGCUUCGUCGAGGGACCUGAUGAUGGCGCCGCGGCGGCUGCCCGGCGGCGCCAGGAGCCCGAGCGGAAGGAUUUCUGGGAUGAUUUUGCGUCGUUGGGGGAGCAGGAUAGCCACCGGCGGAGUACGUCGCGGUCGAGCGCGAUCGGGACGACGGCUAUCAGGCCUAGUGGCGGUGGGCCGAGUGGGGGGUCGUCUGCUGCUGGGUCUGGGGCUGCGACGGGGACGUCGUCUUCGGCUGGAAGAGGGGGUGAUGAGGGGGGAUGGGAUGAUAAUUGGUAG